AUGACUGUGCGCUCAGUCGCCUCCGUUGAACUGCCACAUUAUGAAAAGCAUCCAAAUUUCUACAAAAGAUUCAAUUAUCUUCGUGCAAAACGGUCGCACUAUCGACUUUAUGGAUUGGCACUCCUCCUACUCUUUUAUUUCGCAAAACUAUUGAUAAUAUAUACUGCGAAGGAUGUAUGGCCUGAAACUGGCGUUAAGUUAUCCGACGACAAGGGUCCUGCUGUUUCAGGACGACAUCUUCUUGGAAUAAACCCAGUCGUUAAACCUCUUACAGAAUUCAAUUGCACACCUUUGGCAAUAGAAAAUUUCCCCAGAGAUUAUUUUACACAGAAGCAACGCCGCUCAGGGGCAGUAAUAAUUCACAUCCUGGCAUCCGCUUACAUGUUUUUGGCUCUGGCCAUUGUUUGUGAUGAAUAUUUUAUUCCUUGCCUGGAAAUAAUAAGCCAAGUCUUAAGGCUGCAACCCGACGUUGCCGGUGCCACCUUUAUGGCCGCAGGAAGUUCUGCCCCUGAGUUGGCCACAACUCUUGUGGGUGUUUUCAUUGCCCGGGAUGAUAUCGGGCUUGGAGCUGUUGUCGGAUCGGCUGAUUACAAUGUCAUGUUCGUCAUCAGUAUUUGCGCCCUCUUCAGUAAAGAGGUCAUCUACCUUAACUGGUGGCCAUUGGUGCGUGACUGUUCCUUCUACCUCCUGUCCAUUAUCCUGCUGGCCGCCGUUAUCGCCGAUGAAAAGGUCUACUGGUAA